AUGAUAAUGCCCGCACCCUCGCUUUGGGCGGCUCAUUCUUCCUCUCCCCCCUUAUUCUUCAUCUUUCCCGCCCACUACUACCUCCCCCCAGGCAUCACCAGUGUGAGCCCCAAGCGAAUCAUCGCAGCCAUCCGUUGCUCCAUCCGGCUCGAGGCGCCGCUGACAGCUGGCGGCGUGCCGUUGGUCGAGGAGGCGUUCGUGCGCCAGCUGGCGGCGGUGGCCAACGGCAAGAUGGCUCUCAACCGCGAGCGCACGGAGCGGUUCCGAACAAGGUUCAUGGAGGAGUGCAGCUGCUCCCUCCUGUCCCAUCCGCCACCCCAACAAUCCCAACCGCAGCCCACACCACUCCACCCAGCACACACCCCAGUCACAACGCCCAGGUCUCAUCUUAGAAAUGCGGCACGGCGCAGCGCAAAAGGCCAGCGAGAGGCGGCGAAUGGCCACGUGACGCAGAGGCAAGACUGCCAGCUGGCACAGCAGCAAGGGAGCCAGCUGUCGCCACGCCAGCUGGCGCAGCGCCAGGUGGCAGUGCUGCGGAGAGUAGGGGAGGUGGAGAGACGGGUGGUGGGGCUGCUGGGGAGGAGGGCGGUGGAGCAGGGCGGUUGUGAGGCGCUACAAGGUGGUGUUGCAGCGGUGCUGCAAGGUGGUGUUGCAACGGUGACCUUUGAGUCGACUCAAAAGGUGCCAGGAUCAUUAUCAGCAGCAGCAGCAGUACUGUCAGUGGUGGCAGGUGCAGGCAUGGUGCCAUUGAAGGACGUGGCAGGUGGUUGCUGCAGCAGUGCAUGGGAUCUGCCCACACGACCACAAGAAUCAAAAGAUUCGGCUCACGAGUUGGAUGGAUUCUCUCUGCCAGGAAGCAAGGCACAACGUGGGCAGCUGCACGGGCAGGUGGUAAAGGUUCUGGGGCUGCCCGAGGGCAGCCUUUUGCGGUGGGGCCAUUCAGCUGUGACGGUUGCUGCUUCACGGGCAGUUGUGGGAGCUGUAGGCGCAGGAGGGGCUGGUGCAACAGGAGGAGGUUCAGUAGUUGCAAAGACGUCCGAAGCAGAGGAAACAAGAGGAGAGGCUGCAGGAACAGCAGUGGUGGUGUUUGGGGGGUUCGGAGGAAGCGGAGUGCAUGGUAGGCGCGGGGACGUGGUUGUGGUGACGGUGAGAGGGAGAGCUGCCCUUGCUGAUGUGUUCUCCCUCAAUCUGCGCACCAUGACGUGGCGCCACGUGGCAGCACCAGAAGCACUGUCUGCAGAGGAUAAAGCAGCAACUGCUGCUACGGCUACUGCUCCUGUUACAACCGUUGCACCAGAAGCAACUACUGCUACAGCUGCUGCAGACGCUACUGCUGCUACAGCUGCUGCAGAUGCUACUGCUGUUACAGCUGCCACAUGUGUACCGGUGGCAAGGUAUCGCCAUGCAGCAGCAGCACUCGGGUCAUCAAUCUUUGUCUUCGGAGGCACAUCCCAUCCCCACGCCCUGCCGCUCACCUCCCUUCAGGUCUUUUCCGCCCAGUGUUUUUCCUGGCUGCCCGACCCAGUUGUUUCCGGGCAGAUACCUGCCCCUCGCCAUUCGCACGCCAUGGCGACGGUCGGUAACCGGGUGUAUCUUUUUGGAGGCCGAGACACCCAGAGGGUAUUUUCCGAUCUCUACUUUUUUGAGGUUGUGGGCAGCGAUUCAGCUAAUGGGGGCUGGGAGGCGCCUCAAAACCCUCAAGAGGAACUCUCAGCAAGCAGCAGCAACAGUAGUGGUACGGAAGGUAGCAGGCUGCAUGUUCGGUGGACCAAGGUUUGGGAUUCUGCCCCGGUCUUGAUCCCUGAACGGUUCUCACACUCUCUCACCACGUAUGGGCAGCACCUUCUGAUUUUUGGGGGCUGCCCGCACUCAAGGGCAGGCCCGGAAAUCAUUCUUGUGAACAGCGCAUUCCAUGAGGUGUCUCGAAUUCCUGUCGCUCUCCCUCCUGCUGCUCUGCCCGUGCGCCACACUGCCAGUGUGGUGAGUGGGCCCUUGGUGACAGGGGGUUUUGCAGUGGGGGGUGCUACUGUAGGGGACAGGCUGCUGGUGCUGGGCGGUGGUGCUGCGUGCUUUGCGUUUGGAUCGGUCUUUAGCCCUCCUUUUGUGAUUUCUCUGAAAGGGAUUCUUCAAGGAAAGAUUGGACAUUCCAACCAACAGCAGCAGGGGCAGCAACAGCAGCAGCAGGAGGGGGAACAACAGAAGCAACUGGAGCAGGAUCAGGAGCACGGGCGCCAGUCGCAAGAAGGAUUGGGGUGGGUGUUGCUGGUUCCACGGAGGGAGGGGAAGCAGUGGAAGGAUGCGCUACAGACACGUGGCGUUCUAGACAAGACACGCAAGCCAGCCACUGUGAACCCAGAUGCCAAUCCCGAGGUAUCACUUGGCAGUGCUGGUAGGUCAGGUGUGGCUGGUGACGGUGGUGAGUUGCUGCUGGCGCUGCCUGUGAGCGAGUCUGCUGUGAGCACCGUUGCUGCCAUGGAUGGUGGGUGCAUGGCACCACCGACCGUGCCAGUAUCAGCAGCGGGGAUGACAGCGACAGCAUUGAAUCCAGCAGCAUCACAGUCAGCAGCAGCCGUGCUCACAAAGCUGAGCCUGUCUCCGUCCCCUGCUCGCCCUCUCACUCCCUUUCAACGCCUCCACCACGCCAUCCAGGAUCUCCUUCAUCUCAAGUCAAAGCAACUCCAUUCUUCAGAGGACAAUCAAACCACUGCUACUCACUCAUUUCUUCUCUCUCAGCUGCCGGCCCGCUGGGAGAGGCUUGGAGACAUGGUGGUGCUGCCAGCCGAUGCCAUGUUAGGGGAGGCCUGGGACAGGCUCGGGCUGGAGCUCUGGAAAGUUGUUGCCGAGGCUCUUGGGGCGGCAAGAGUGGCCCGGCAGGCUCCUGUGGCACCCACAUUGACUAGAGACAGCCAGCUGCACCUGCUGCUGGGGUACUCGUCCUGGGUGGAGCGCCGGGAGAAUGGCAUCACGUACACCUUCGACGCUGCAAAGUGCAUGUUCUCCUCGGGGAAUGGCACUGAGAAGCAGCGCAUGGCCGCACUCAGGCUUCACGACUGGGAAGUGGUGGUAGAUCUUUUUGCUGGGAUUGGGUAUUUCACGAUCCCGCUGCUUGUUCAUGCCCGUGCCCGCCACGUGUUUGCCUGUGAGUGGAACCCUGCGGCUGUCCAUGGCCUCCGGUUCAGUCUUGCAGCCAAUCAGGUUUUGCCUGAUCGCUACACUGUGCUGGAGGGGGAUAACAGGGUGGUUGCUCCAGUGGGGGUUGCUGAUCGGGUGCUGUUGGGCUUGAUCCCCUCGAGCAAGGACAGCUGGAGGACUGCGAUUCGCUGCCUGAAGCCAAGGGAAGGGGGUGUUGCUCAUGUUCAUGGUAAUGUUGUUGAUGUGGAGGAGCAGCAGUGGACUGAUCAUGUUGUGGGGGAGUUAAGAGAAGAGAAGAGGGGAGAAGCUGGGAAGUUAAGGCAGUGCAUUUGGAACGGGUGA